AUGGUCGGCGCAGCGCAAUACCAGGACAACGAGAUUGAGUGGGUUCUCUCCGCCGUUGUCACCAAGAAGAAGCAGUCGUACAUUCAAAAGCACUUCAAAGAGAAGUUUGGCCGUGAGUUGAACCAUAAUCAAAUUCGCUAUAUCAAGAACAAGUAUGGCAAAGAUCCCAGGUUCAAUAGCCCGCUAGUGAACAUUCAUGCUCCUCCGAGAGUAACAACUCCUGAACCAAAGGGUUCGAGUGAGCAUGGAGAUGUAGAUACGAAGAACAAUGAUGCUGCCUUUGGAAAUCAAAACCAAGCUGGACCUUCGGUGGCCACAGAAGAGGCGCAGAAUGGACCAGAGGAUGAUGGUACGAAAGCAACGCAGCCGAAACGCAAGAGAAGCCGCCAUGGGCAAGGGGAUGCGCUUGAAAGAUUGAUAAAGCACACCACGAAAUCCCAACGAUUGAAUUCCAGUCCUCAACAAAGUGCUACGUCAGGCCCAAUCCUUCUUUCCCAGCAGCAGAACAACUCCGAUGUUCGCUUCUCUCUAUCGCAUCCCCACACCCAUCCAUCAUCAAUGCCACAAGCUUCCCUGGGGGACAGCGACCAUACACCCCUAUACGCGGGAAUGUUUCAAGGCUUCCAGCAUCCACAAAAUCUUGCGCUGCUGCACAGCACGAACACUAGAAUUACUUGGGCUCCAUCCAUGUUCAUGAACAGUCAUAGUUGGGAAGCGGCUGGAAAUACUCCAGUAUUCACAAGCAUUAGUGGUAGCGCAGAUUCUUCCGCUAUAACCCAAGCAUCACAAUCUCCAAUGAUGGAAAACCAAUCGAUGGGAUACACGAUGUUCCAGUCGCCAACUGCAGAUCAGUACCAGUUUCGACAGCCCUCUUCUCAGCUGGGCGGCCAACAAGUCUCGCAGUUUUCGCCCGCCACACCCAGCCUCAGUUCGCCUCCAUAUGCAGGACAUCAGGAACAACACCAGCAACUGCUGCAACAAGAACAGCAGCUCUAUUCUCAUACUAAUGUUGGCACCAUUCCAACCUUGCCUGGUUCUGAAAUAUCAAACUUGGAGAACGCACCAUAUGUGCAGAAUCUAUCAGGGGUAGCUCCUCAACUAAUCCCAAGCUUUCAGGAGGUUCCUAUUGAGUCAACAUGUCCCCAGCAUGGUACAAAGCAAUUGAAUCUAGCUCAGAUGGAGAGUGGCACAAACUGGGCUCACACUACUCCUCCCCUCAACUCCUCUCCCCAAAAUCUCUCUCUUUUCGACUUCACUGCAUCGCCCAUAAGCUUUCCAUUUGAAAGUGUAAGCCAGACGGGCCCUACAGCUGCUUCUUCGCAAGCUGUCCGUCAAACACUUUACAACAAUACGAACAUGUAUAAUUCGAGCUUGCCUACUCAAGGACAGCAUAAUCACUCGCUGCAGUCUGGUCAACAGCAUUUCAGCUUUGAUGCUAGCGCAUUCGAGCUUCUUAACAUGGCCCAAAUCCCUAGUCUGAACACCACAACCGCCAUGCCUUAUACGCAACUAUCGUACCCAGUGAACAAUACGACAACGGCUUUCUCGCCCUUGAUGAUGCAAGCUAGAUAUCGGCCUCAUUCAUUCCACAGACGAUCCACUCCUGGACGACAUGUUUGCGCUGUGCACGGUACAGCAAGUGAUAUGUCUGGUACGAUUGAUCCAAGACUGCUGGCUACGAACUCGCCUUCCCCCCAACCUCGUACAUCUAUGUCUUCUCCCUUGGAUGAAGCUAAGCGCGGAAAGGAAACGCCCACAAAGAGUUCAUCAUCUUGA